AUUACAGAUAGUACACCGCGGACAUGGACUUCCUGAGGUCUCUAGGACACCCGGAGGAGAUCUACAACCUGGUCAGGUUCCGGCUGGGCGGCUGUCAGGCUGUGCUGUCUAAGCAGGACCGGGACUCCAUGAGCGACAGUCUGCAGACCUGCUACAAGUAUCUGGACCAGACCAGCAGGAGCUUCGCCGCCGUCAUCCAAGCCCUGGACGGAGAGCUGAGAAAUGCAGUGUGUAUCUUAUACCUGGUGUUUCGAGCUCUGGACACCGUGGAGGACGACAUGACCAUCAGUCUGGAGACCAAAAUCCCCAUGUUACAUAACUUCCACAAGUACCUGUACCAAGCGGACUGGAGGUUUACAGAAAGCAAGGAUAAGCAUUGUGUAGUUCUGCAGGACUUCCCCACGAUUUCCCAGGAGUUCAGAAACCUGAAGGUGGGUUAUCAGAAGGUGAUUGUAGACAUCUGCGACACAAUGGGGGUGGGCUUGGCAGAGUUCUUGGAGAAGAAGGUGGAAUCUCUCCUGGAUUUCGAUAAGUACUGUCAAUCUGCAUCCGGAUUAUGGAUGUUUGGUCUGUCCCGUCUGUUUUCUGCCUCAGGGCUGGAAGACGCCAACAUUGGUGAGGAUAUAAGACUCUCAAGGUCUGUGGGUAUGUUCCUGCAGAAAACAAACAUCAUCCGAGAUUACCUGGAGGACCAGCUGGAAGGAAGAGAGUUCUGGCCCAGAGAGGUGUGGAGCAAAUACGGCAAAAAACUGUCAGACUUUGCCAAGCCGGAGAACGUAGUGCCGGCUGUGCAGUGCUUGAAUGAACUGGUGACCAAUACUCUGCAGCACGUGCCCGAUGUCCUUCUCUACCUGUCCCGGCUGAGAAACCAGAGGGUGUUUAACUUCUGCGCCAUCCCACAGGUCAUGUCUAUAGCCACAAUGGCCGCCUUUUAUAACAACCCGCAGGUGUUUAAGGGAGUGGUGAAGAUCCGCAAGGGGCAGGCGGUCACGCUGAUGAUGGACACCACCAACAUGCAAGCGGUCAGAGCUAUCAUGUGUCAGUAUGUGAAUGAGAUCUACCAGAAGAUCCCCCUGACAGACCUUUCUGCUGGACGUACACAGAACAUCGUUUCUACCAUCCAGAAACUGAGUUUGUCCAGUGGCCCCCGGGUGUCCUGCUGCAGCUCCUUCAUUUACCUGUCAUGUGCAAUGGUUUUGGCCGCCCUCAGUUGGCAGUACCUGAGUACAAACAAAAGACAGUCAGACUAGUUUCACACAAGCGUGUCCUGUGUGGAAAUCGUGCUCCUUGUGAGAGUCAUUCCCUGUUCUGGACACUGCUUGUUUCACAGGAGCGCACCGCAUUAUACUGAUGUAUAAUGCUGUGUGUCUCUGCAUGACCUUACUUCUACAGAAUCAUAGUGACAAAAAUCUGUAUGAAACGAUCUGUGAAACGAGCAGCGUCCAUAAUGGGAAAUUAAGCUCACACACAGAGCGUAAUUUCCGCACAGGACACGCUAGUCUAAAAGAGGCCUUAGUCAGCACAGCUAUAAAAUGAAGUGAAUGCGCAUGGCUGAAACUCCAAAAGUACAAACACAAUGCAACAGCAAAGUCCAUUAAAGAAAAUCCAGCUCGCCUCGUAAUCCAAAGCCCUGUGCACGGAACGUGCCAAGCAAGUCACUCUUUUGGAAAUGGAAGAUAAUAGUUCCAGCACUUGAAAUAAAACUCAGUUGCACUUUAUUUCUUCUUGUAGCAUAUGACUCACAUGGACACAAACCUUCACCCCAGCAUGGUUGACGCGUUUCGAACACAAGUGUGUUCUUAGUCGUAACCUAAUGAGACUAUCCCUGCAGGGCUUUAAAUACACUUCACACUCUCGAUCAAAUUAGCGGUGGGAAUAUACAAACUCCCUGCUAAGGAAUGCUCAUUAUCUUGCCACACAUAACAAAGAGAAUCCGCAUAAAAUGCCAUCAAAUGCGACAUUUCGAGCUGUAAGAUAACAAAUCAUACAGUGCCUUGCAAAAGUAUUUAUUCCCUUGUCAUUAUAUACACACACCUUUUUUUGAAAGGCCCCAGAGGCUGAAACACAUAAACAAGAGGCAUCACUAACCAGACACUGCCAUGAAGACCAAACAAGUAAGGGACAAUGUUGUUGAGAAGUACAAGUCAGUGUUAGGUUAUUGAUGGAGAUUUGGAUAUCCUUCUUAAUCAGCUAAGAAGAAGCCAUUACAAGAUGGCGCUUGCUGUUAGAUAUUCACAUAGUUUGCAUAUUAAACUUAGUAAAAGAAUGUGCAGAUGCCAAAUGUUAUUUCUUUUCUCUUAUAUUUGUAUUCUAGCCAAUGAGACAAUGGCUCAGGGGGGAUGCCCUCUCUGAUGUACUUAUAAACUGCUUCACUUCCUUGAAUAAACAAGAAACUGCUUUGACCCUU